CGAACCACCAUCUUCAAAAAGCAAGGAGGAGGGGAGAAGACAGACGAACGAACAUGUCAACCAAUGCCUCUCAGCUCGGCACCGCCAUCCCGGGCGCAGGCACCAAUGGAAGGCCCGUCGUCUUCUUUGACAUUACCAUGGGCGAGCAGCCGGCGGGGCGCAUCAAGAUGGAGCUCUUCAGCGACAUUGUUCCAAAGACUGCCGAGAACUUCCGGCAGCUUUGCACCGGCGAGCAUCGGAUCAACCACACGCCCAUCGGAUACAAGGGCUGCCUGUUUCACCGCGUCGUGCGUGACUUUAUGGUCCAGGGCGGCGACUUUCUGAACGGCGAUGGGACGGGCAAGCAGAGCAUCUAUGGCGACCAAUUUGAAGACGAGGCAUUCAAGCUUGGCCACGAUGCGCCUGGCCUGCUCAGCAUGGCCAAUUCUGGACCGAAUACGAAUGGGUGCCAGUUCUUCAUCACCUGUCAGCCAUGCACCUACCUCGACGGCAAGCACGUCGUCUUUGGCAAGGUAGUAGACGGUCUGCUGACCUUGAGAAAGAUCGAAAAUGUGCCCACAGGGCAGAACAACCGGCCCAGGAUGGAGGUAAAAAUAGCAGAAUGCGGAGAGAUGUAAACAAAUGUGCCUGCCUGUACGAUAGAUGACCAUGAGAAGAAACGAGAGUCAAAGCGGAGGCUUACCUAAUUAUUGAGCUCUAAAUUUUUCCCUGGCUUCCUCCGCCCAACUCAUUUACCU